AUGAAUUUUCAAAAUAGUCAAGGUGAUGAUGUUCCUUCGCCAGAUGCACCUAGUGUUCCUAGCGAAGCUCAUGCUCAUCAUGAUCAUUUUCCUGUUCAGCUUUUAACAACGGCAGCAACAGUCUCAAAAGAGACUGCGAUAGCAUUAUUAAUAUUUAACUUAGUAGCUGUUGGCUUCUUAGUUAUAAUAAAAAGAAAGCUAUUAGAUAAAUUUGAAUGUCAUAGUCUUAAUAAUAAUUUAUUUUCUUAA